AUGACAAACAACACAGGAAUAGCUUUCGAUCAAGUUUAUGGCAUGAGGAGAUCAUUUAGUGAGGGAGAUAUAAAGGCAGCAAUAGACUUGCCGUUCUCCGAUAUUCUGGAAAUCAAAGUUCCUGUUCUUAACACAGAGGAGAACUCAAUUGAAGAAAAGAAACAAUUUCUAGACAUGCCACCAUUACCAAAGAGUGUCAGUUCAGGAAGUUUGAGCUCAAUGGACUGGAUGCAUGGAGCUACAAUGAAGCCUGCUUUCCUCGAUGUCCCAGGAAUAGAUUUCAAUGAAGUUUACGGCAUGAGGAUAUCAUUUAAUGAGGAAGAUAUAAAGUAUCAGUUGAAGCUAUAA